AUGACUCAUCCAAAACUUUAUGAAAGUCGUGGUGCACAAUAUUACAAGGAUAGUCAAACGACUAGUUUUUGUUUAUAUGCACCUAAUGCAAGAAAUGUUUGGGUUAUUUUAACAGCUUUUGGUAAUGAAGAACAUCGAUUACAGAUGACAAGAACUAUUGAAGGUCUUUGGGAAACUGUUACAGAUAAAGCGAAACCUGGUCGAACAUAUCUUUAUCUUAUUGAUGAUUAUCACGGUAGAUACAUGUUACGAACAGAUCCAGUAAGUUUUUCUGUUGUUCACAUUCCAGAAGUCAAUCAAGUUCAUUCAGUUGUUCAUGAUGAAACAAUCUAUCAAUGGGGUGAUCAAAAUUGGAUGAUGCAUCGAUCUUGA